ACGUUUCUGAAAACGAAUAUUGGGCAUCAAACAGCUGUUAAUCAAUGAAAUGUUGUCGUCAUAAACAACAUUACAGAAGUGUUAAAGGACUGUGCACGGAUCAGCAAGUAGACGAUGAGCCAGGCUCCCCUAUCCAUGGUGUACCGUAGUGACAAACAGCUGCCUGUACUAUUCCGCACUUUACAUGGAUUUUACCGUCUGGGAACUUUCUGUGAUGUGGUCCUUGUGACCUCUCACUGCAGAAUCCGUGUCCAUAGUGUUAUAAUUGCAGCAUUUAGCCCAUUUCUAUAUCAGAUGCUCGGUGGGGAAAGCUGGUCAGUUGAGCAUCGACAGCUAGAGUUGACAUUGCCAAAUGUUGACUACAUUUCCCUGUUGAGUCUGAUCGAAUACUGCUAUACUGGAGUGAUCACAGUGGAUUCUUCGUCCGCUGACAAGAUCUUAGGAGUGGCCAUAGCUUUACAAGUGAAGGAAGUGGAGAAGUUGUGUGUUACAUUUCUAAAUGCACAGAGGAGUUUCUCAUCCGAGUUGAUAUUGGAUUCAAGGCCUCCAGGCAUCCCUUCAGCAUCACCUGGAAGGGGAGCUAAUUCACGUGAGCCAUCCUUGGUGGAAAUAUCAAGUUCAGAGCGAUUCAGUCCCAAUGUAUCAACAUCAGGUCAGCCUUCAUCAGAGACAGGAUCUACAGGCCACCCAGAUACAGUACACUUGGACUCUGAUGUUAUUGCAGUAAAGACAGAGACGCCAGACCCUUCCCAAGAUUAUGAUGCCAAUUUGUCCCACCAGUCACGAGGCCGUGUUGUAUACUUGGAGGGGUCAGAGAGCCCCGUGGCAGACAGUCACAGACCUGGAAUGUCAACAGUAUCUCACAGCAUCAUUGAUAUGUCUAAGAUGUCCCCAACUCUUCUCACUAUGCACCCUAUGUUAGUACCAACAGGACCACCCACCCUUCAACUGAUGUCUCCCAAAGGGGAAGCAACUCUAGCUCGUCAGUUAUCACAGUAUCGAGAAGGCAGUCAGGACAGUGUGGAUAAUGUUUCACCAGAAAGUGAUGGGGUCAGUGUUCAUAUUCAGUCUCCAACUGGACAGUUGGAGAGUGACCAGUCUCAGGAGCUGCCCAGAGAUGACCAUAAACAACCAAUGACUGUUCCCUGCAGUGUGUGUCAUGUACUGUUUAACAGUGCUGAUGCCCUGACUCGACACAUGGCUGUUCACCAGAGGACUGUGUUGUCCUCUAGUACACAACAGAGCCCAGCUCUCAACACCACAGUAGAGCCAGUAAAACAACCUUCACCAACUUUUUUUCAACGUGGUCAUCAGCCUAUAUCUGGACUGUUGUCUUCAGCAGUGGUACAGGGUGGGGGCGGAUUAUUCAAGUGCGGAACAUGUGGUAAAGGUUUUAAAGAUGCUCAGUCUUUGAAAUUCCACAGAUACAAUCAUGUUCUCAGACACUCUUGUAAUAUGUGUGGCAAACGUUUCUCAAGGAGCUGGAAUCUUCAUCGACAUCGGAAAACACAUUUCCGAAUGCCCUCCUGGCCUAUGCGCACAGAUUUAAGAGUAGGCGAAAUGACAGGUUCGACAAGUGCAGAUAGCCUGAAUCAGUCUGUGGACAUGGAACAAUCAGUAGAUCUGACAGAGGGGGAGGAUGACAGUGCAGAAAGGGGAGAUGAAGAGGAGGAAGAGGAGGAGGAGGAAGGGAGAGGAGACCAUGUAACAGAUCUAUUGAGUGGGGAUAUGGCUUAAAUGUGUACUGCAUAAAGAUAAUAGUGUUAAUAUAUAAAUAAUUUACGUCAUUUUAUCUAGUUUUAAACUGAAAUGAACAUUGUACUGAUAUAUAAUGUCUACACUUGUUAAAGAACAUUGAUGUUAGAAACGUAUUUAUUGUUCCAUCACUCUUAUUGGAAUCUUAUUUCAUCUUUUUUCAAUUUCAUUUUCCAAACCUGAUUACAAUAUCAUAACUAUGUUGUGUUAAUGAUGAUAUACAUUAUAUGUCAUUCAAUGGGGCAUCUUCGUAGGCACUGACAGUUUGAUGUAACCAAAUGUACAUGGUUUAAUUUGAAAUAACAAACAAAUGAAACUCUGCAAAAUAAAGUGGGAAAAAAAUCUCUAUAUACAUAAAUAAUUAUCUCACUUGAUGUGAAAAACUUCAGAUAAGGUUUUGAAUAUGUUAUUGUCUGGACUUUGGUAGUUCCCCUUGUCACAUUGUUUAACCAUCCUUCCUUGUUGUUAUAAUACUGUUAUAUCUGGUGAAGUUGUAUAUAAAUCUGUUAGUUGUUUUAAAGUUUAGCUAAUAUUGUCUAGUCAUUGUCUAUUCAUCUGUUCCCUUGAAGAUUAGAGGGAUGUGUUAUUUUAAGAAUAAAGCUCCAUA